UAUAGAGGUAGGUAGGUAGCGAGGUCAUGGACAAGAAAAGAUCAUCAUCAUCAUCAUCAGUAGUGACAUGGAAACCAGCUGCAGCAAAUGCAAAUACACAGGCGCCCAAGAAGAACUUGUGGACGCCAGAGGAGGACUUGAUUCUAAAAAAAUACGUGGAAACUCAUGGUGAAGGCAAUUGGGCCACUAUGUCCCAGCGAUCAGGUCUGAUGAGGAGUGGAAAGAGCUGUAGGCUGAGAUGGAAGAAUUACCUGAGACCCAACAUAAAACGUGGACACAUGUCCCAAGAGGAGCAAGACCUCAUUAUCCGAAUGCAUAAGCUUCUUGGCAAUCGAUGGUCACUAAUUGCUGGGAGGCUUCCUGGUCGAACGGAUAAUGAAGUGAAGAACUACUGGAAUACCCAUUUGAACAAGAUGAGCUGCCCAGCUGCACCCAAAAGAAAAAGUAGCCAUUUGAACAAGAUCGUCACUAAUAAGAAGAAAAAGAACAAAAUCAGCAGCAGCACCAUCACCACCACUUGUACUGAUCGUACUGAUGAUCAUCAUGAUCAAAUUCAGAAGAAAGACGCCAUUGACUUUGAUCAUGAUCAUCGCCAGGAACCAAACGGAUCAAACCUUACUUCUAGUGCCAGCUGUUACUACAAUGACAUUAAUGACAUGGUAGAAUCUCCAAUAUUCACAUCGCACCACGACUGCCUGCAGUACCUGCCUACAAACUUGAACGCAACAUUUCUGUUUGAUCACGAUGAGCCUUUCAUUGCCUCCGACGCCGCCUCCUCUUCCUCCUAUUUGGAUUCUUUUCUUUUCUUUGAAGCAUUUGGAUCGUCUGCUGCUGCUACUGCGGCUGACAUGGAAUCAGUUUUGCCAUUAGCGUGUGCUGAUCAUCAUCUAGGUUGGUGAUAUAUUAAUUGAAGCUGCCCGACCCUCCUCAUCUCCUCAUCUCCUCUUCUCCUCAUCACCUCAUCUCCUCUUCUCCUUAUCUCCUCAUCAUAAUUUAAUUAAAUAAGAGCACUUGUAUACUUGGGAGUAGAAUCUGUUUUUUUUAAAAUGCAAACAAUAUAUUAACGA